AGUCAAUACACCUGUGGAAGAAGAUCCUCACAGCAACCAGCGCAUUUUAUUUCACGUUCGCAACGAGAUUGAAUUCAGAAGUCCUUGAGAAAGAGAUAUUUAGAUCAUUCUCUCAUUUCAGGAGAUUAAUUCGGUUAAUAUCUUUUUCAUGGUGGUGGGAAGUGUCACAUGCGGCAGGUGUCUGUAAAGAAUUCAUUAUUUAUUUAUCGAAAUGCAGCAUCACAAGAGCUGCAUACUGUUGCUCAAACGUUAAAAAAUUUAGCCAUUCUGCAUGUUUGUGAAGAGUAAGACUGAAGUGUGAAAAUUUCUUCUUGAAAUUCUUGUGAGUUUAUAAAUUGUUAUAUAAAGGACAUUUCUUUCUAAAGAUAUAUUUAUACGUCUUUUCCCUUCACUAGCAUAAUUUAGGAAAAAGUCUUUCAAAGUAUUAUUGUUUUACUAUUGCUCAUAAAAAUCUUUUCUUAUAUUUCUUCUGAGGAUGAAGUAUUUAAAUUUCAGUGUGAUAUCUCCAGGUUGAUUAUUUUAUUCAUAGCAAUACCGAUGGUUCCGUUACCAGUUUCCUCAAAAGAAGGUGAUUCGCGAGAUUUAUCCACUGCAUUGAAUUCAGCUCAAAGAAUUAAUUCCGCCAAUGUGGAAAGUAUCAGCAGAUCAUAUGCCGUGUCAGCACAUGCUGUUGCUCAUGCAAGAACAUCGGCAUCAAGAGCUUCAUCAUAUGUACUAAGCAGUAUCAAUGGUCUCCCUAAUAUCAGCGAUGACGAUUUUGACACUAAAUCUACUCCAGGACAUAAUGUGACAAUAGAAGUACUUCCUACUCAAGCUCCACCGACCGAAAACUUUCCUAUAUAUGCAAUUAUCAUUAUAGCUGUUGUUCUUUUUGUAAUGACGACGGCAUUUCUUUAUUUUCUCUGUCGCUGCAUGGCGAAAAGAAAAAAAAGAGAAAAUCAGUUGGCUACUAUCACACCUAAAGUAUCCGAUCCUAGGAUGGCUGGCGUUAGAGCAAACCAACCGAUCCAAUUUGUUGUGCCGACAACUAUUAUUGUCAGUGAAAACACUGAAGAUUCAGUAUCAGAGACUGAUUAUUCUUCAAGCGGAACAAAGACUUUACCAAUUAUACUGGAUAACAGACGGAAACGUACUAUGGCAGGCUUUCAUAUAAAUCCAGAAGAUCUCCAGCGUGGGCUAUAUGUAGGAGUGAAUGAAGCUUCGGAGAAAGGUUCUUUUCUCGGAGAUUUAGGCAAAGUAGGAUUUUCACUGCGCUAUAAUUUAUUGAGGAACCAAUUAACUGUCAAGCUUAUUGGAGCUACGGGUUUACCGUGCCUUUUUCUAAAAACAACAGCCAAUCCUUGUGCUAAGCUGGUUCUACUACCUGAUCGAACAACUAAGUAUAUGAGCAAAGUUCAACGCAAUACUAUGAACCCAGUGUUCAAUGAAACUUUCACUUUUAGUGUUCGGAGGGAGGAUCUCAAUGACAAAAAACUUAAAAUAAGCAUUUGGGACUACGAUCGAUUCUCGCGAAAAUGCUUAAUUGGGCAAGUAACAUAUUGCAUCAAAGAUUCUGGUCUAACGAACUCUUUAGGUAAUGAAAUGUGCACCGGAGAUUUAUGGGUUGACCUCAAACAAGACUCUGCAACG